AUGGACUUCAUCAAGAACGCAAUGGGUAAUCAAGGCGGUCAGGGCGGCCAGGGAAGCAGCAACCAGAUGCCACAAGGUCAAGGCCAACAGCAGCAAGGUGGUGGAGGCGGCUUCAUGGACGGUCUCGGCAACAAGUUCAACAAUGCCGCCGGCGGUGGAGCCGAAGGCGAGAAGAACGAAGACUACCUUGACAAGGGCGUCGAUUUCGUCCAGGAGAAGUUCAUGGGCCAGGGUGCACAGAACAACGAAACUGCUGUUGAGCAGGCCAAGGAUGAGCAAAUUAGCGACUUCAUCAGGAAGCAGUACAAGAGCACCACUGGCAGCGACAUCCCGAUCAAGGACAAGCCAACAACUUUCGGCUAG